UAACCUAGGUUGAUAAAUAAAAUAAAUUUGUUUAUUAUUUGUUCCUCUGUCAAAUGAAUUCCAUGAAUAAAUUUAAAUAGUUCGUGUUUUUUAAUUAUAUUCGAGUGUUGGUCUUCCACUUUUAUAUGUAGAUGUAUAAAGCUAACGGGUUAUCUUAUCGUAUAUCUUCUUGUUAAGCAGUUAUUUAACAACUGAGCAUCAACUGAGGGAAGUUUGUGCAAGUAACAUAUGUAGGCCAUGGCUGAUAUACCGAGUAGGAAUAUGGGGUCGAUUAUUAACGAAUCUGACCUUAUUUUGGAACUUAGCAACUGCGGUUUAUUUACAGAUGACGAAAUUAACAUUAUUUCCAAGAAACUUGCUGACAACAGAUUCAGAUUAAGUAGUAGUACCUCACGGUUGCAAGACUUUGGAGAUUCGAUCGAGUAUCUCGAGAAAGUUUUAUUAGACGAAAUACCCAAAAGAACGCGGGGAACACGAAGUAUAAAUACAGGCAGGCUAAAAAGCGCGAUCAUUCAAAUGUUACAAUAUUAUUAUGAGUACGCCCUAAAAAGUUAUUCCUCCGAUUUAAAUUUUUGUCUGGAAUAUUUGAAUUUUCUUGGUAGCCAUUCGAGUUUAGAUAAUGGAGCUAAACACAUAUCCGAAAUGAUCGAGAGAUUUAAAUCCGAACCGAAAGUAUUUGAAAAAGCUGCAGCUUGGUACAAACAAAAGGACUGUCACAUGGAAGCCAUUAAAGUGCUUCUUAAAGGCAUUGGGACUCAUCCAAGUGAAAAGUUUUUGUACAUUUAUCUUAUCGAUGUAGAAUUGAGUAAUCCUCAAGACAAUAAAAUACCGAGAUUUAAGAAAUACAUCGACAGUAUAUUAAAGAACAUUCCUGAUCCUGAUUGCUUUGAAAUACUUAUGUAUGUUUUGACACUGUUUGAAACACAUCUAAGGUUGUAUCCAGUUCAGGACUAUAUUUUGGAUUUACUACUUCAGAAAUAUCCCGAUGAAGAGAGAGUAUGGCAUACAAUCGCUAUAAGGGAGUUGAACGGACAUUAUUAUAACGCAUCUCCCGAAGAGAUGCGAAAACAAUCUACCAAGCACUCGAUACGAAGAUGCAUAGCAAGGUACAAAGAGGGUAUUGCGAAAGUACCUGGCAAAAAGAAACCCGCCUUGUGGAAAUUAUAUCUGGACACCUUAAUAGAUCUUCAGAAAGACAAUCCUCGUGUUGCAAACGUUUUUAAAGUAAAUUCUUUAAGAGAGGCUUUGGAAGAAGCUAAAAUGAUGAAGAUUCCAAUGGAAGAACUACAUUGGAAGGCGUUGGUGGAUAUCUGUGCAGGCAAUGAUGAACUUGUUAUGGAAAUUCUAGUUGAAGCUACCAGAUGUCGACCGUCUUCGGUACAGCUAUGGUUGUUGUAUUUGAAGUUCUGUCUACUUAGAAACAAUUUUAAUAAAGCCGAAGUGGUUUUUGAAAGGGCUAUUACGUCGCUGGGCCAUAGAGCGGUCCCCGUUUGGGAUUUGUACAUCACAACCCAGCAGCUUUAUUCAGAUGUUAAGACGGAAGAGUUAUUUAAGAGAGCUACAGCUGAGCCGUACGAAGAAAUAGCGAGAGAAUUCAAACCGAGAUAUUUGAGGUGGAGCGCCAUGUUUAAUCCUGAUCCUAAGUAUUUUCGAAACGUCUAUUGGGAGUUGGCGCUUAAACCGCCCUUCACCAGAGAACUGCACCGGGAAAUGCUAACGUUGGAACGUAUAGACGGCCGAGACCAUUUCAAACAACAAUUCGCGGUGUUCAAAUUGUACAGCGAACAGUUCGGCGACGAUAUCGACGUAUGGCUGGAUUGGAUUGGGACGAUAUGGGAACAAAACAAACCAGAUCAAGACGCCGAAGCGACCAAAGUAUAUGAAAACGCUGUUGAAAAAUUGCCUCAAAUAAAGAUACAAGAAUUUAUCGAGAAAUACCGCGAACGCGAUAUUGACAAGAUGGUUAAAAAACUUCCUAGUUAAUUUUCGUAUAUUACUAGUUAAUAGAUUUAAGUCUUUUUAUGUGUAAACUUACAAAUCUAGUAAAUCUAGUAAACAUGUACAUAUGCUUUUUAAAUAUACGUUUUGACUAAGAA